AUGUUUAAGGAGGAAAAAACCGAAACAAACUCGCACACUCCAAUAUUACUCAAUAUUCACGCAUCGCUCGCUUUGAGUGUAACUGUUGCGCUGAUGAGUGUCCAACCGAUACCAAUAGCUACCGUGACAAUGGAUAACAUCCUUGUUAUUGAUGAAGCAAUUCAGCAACAAUUCGAAGAAAUCGCCGUUCGUCGUCUUAUUCGAAAGCUCGAUUGGCGAAUCAUUCCAUUUAUGGUUCUCAUCGAAGUGAUAUCAUACAUGAACCGAAUCAGUACUGGUCAUGUAAAACUGAUGGGCAUCGAAAGCGAUCUGAAUUUGUCACAAUCUGAGAGUAAUUGGCAUAUUUCACUCUUUUUUCUGGCUUAUUUGAUCUUUGCAAUUCCUAGCAAUAUUCUCAUGCGCUAUCUUGGCGCGACUCGGCAUCUGUCAUUGAGUAUGCUUGCAUGGGGUAGUAUCACUGUUGGUUUGGCUUUCGUAAGAAAUGCUCAACAACUACUGUCUGUUAAAUUUCUUCUCGGCAUGACUCAAGCAGGCUUUUUUCCCAGUAUUGUCAUAUAUUUCUCAUUAUGGUAUUGUAAAAGAGACCAAACUAUGAGAAUAGCUAUUCUUUUUGGAGCUGCCAUCAUUUCCAGUGCUUUGAGUGGUAUUCUGGCGUAUGGUUUCACACACCUGGACGGUACUCGUGGUCUCAAUAGUUGGCAGUGGACGUUUUUGCUUGAAGGUUUGCCAAUGAUUCCUCUCGGUAUCAUAACCUGUCUUUUUCUCAGCAAUAUACCCGAUACUGUACAAUGGUUGAAUAAUAGUGAAAAAUAG